GUUUUAUUGAAAGCAUGGCAAAAAACGCAUAUUGAUCCGUGUCAUUGAUCCGGAUUGGUAGACAAUCAUUUUCCUGCUUUAGAAGUUUUGGAUGACACUGACAGAAAAGUGACACGGUCUGACAGAUAGUUCUGCUUCUAAACAUGGAUGACAGCUGUUGCGAGAACUCAGAUUAUGAAAUCUUGGCAGAAAUCGGCCAGGGCGCCUACGGGAAAGUGUACAAAGCCAGGGAGAGGCGCGGGCAGCAGCGCCUUGUAGCGGUGAAGAAACUGAACAUCCCCGAAGAGCCGGAGUCUGGCAUCCCUCAGUUCGUUAUUCGAGAAGUGGCUCUUCUGCGGAAAAUAGAGCACUUCAACCACCCGAACAUUGUCAAGUUGCUGCAUGUAUCAGCUGGAUGGCACAACCAGAAGUUUGACCUGACGUUGGUGUUUGAGUAUAUCGAUCAGGAUCUGAGCACAUUUCUCAGCAGAGCGUCAGAAAAAGGCCUGACCAGGGACAAAAUCAAGGAUGUGAUGCGUCAGCUGCUCAGUGGACUUGACUUCCUCCACACUAACACUGUCAUUCACCGGGACCUGAAGCCAGACAAUGUGCUUGUGAGCAGUCGAGGGGAGGUCAAGAUUGCAGACUUCGGUUUAGCCAGGAUAUAUACAUACCAUAUCGCCCUCACCCCAUGUGUUGUGACUCUGUGGUACAGAGCUCCGGAGGUCCUGCUUCAGUCCAGUUACAUGUCUUCAGUGGAUAUGUGGAGUGCUGGGUGCAUCUUUGCAGAGCUCUUUCUGUUAAGGCCUUUGUUUCGUGGAUUCACAGAGAUCCAACAGCUGCAAAAGAUCUUUGAGGUAAUUGGAUUGCCGGGUGAGGAGGACUGGCCCACAGAAAGCCCCGUCUGCUACAGCCCUUCUUGGGCUGAGAAAAAGCCUACAAAACAACUACUGCCCAGUCUCGCUCAUGAGGAGAAUGACCUGCUGUCUCAAUUUUUGACUUUCAGUCCAGCUCAUCGCAUCUCGGCCUGCAGAGCUUUGGCCCACCCUUUCCUGGCAGACCGCAACAGUGAAGAUGACUGACAAAUGAGUCUGACAGAAGAGGGCGGGGUCACAUGAUUAGACAGGCUCCUCCCACCCAAUCAAGGGUGCACCGAGAAAUAUUCUGUUAGAGUGAUAUUUUUAUAAUGGAGUAAAGUGCAGCACCUUAACCUGUAGAUCACGAUUUGUUUCUAAUGAAAAUGGCGUGUGAAAAUUUCUGGUGGAAGUUGCCCAUUUUACUGAUUCUGCUAAAAAGAAACAAAUGCUCUUAAAAUCUCCACCUUAUUCGUGUGUUGACAGUGGUGAGGAGUGAGAAUUUGUCUUUUUCACUUGUGACAACUCUCUAAUAAUGACAUUUUUGUAUAUGUUGCAGCACAAUUGGUUGUCUAACAGGUAAGUUGGAUGUUUCCAGUUAGUUUCAGUGUACUACCUUUUGACAGUUGACUUUUACUGAUGUUUUUGUGCCUUGUUUUGUGUUUGUUCUGGCAUCAAUUAAACGUGUUUACUAAUUUUUAAUCGCAUGCAGUAUUUUAAGUUCUGAGGAAGUUGUUUGAAGUUUUUAUGUUUUCUGUUCCAGAUGAAUUUGUGGAAAACAAACCAGAGCCAAAAGUGGCUGUUUGUUAUUAAAUAA